AUGGCCACUCGUCAGACCCCCUUUCUUCCUGCCGUCGCGCAAUCGCCAUCUCCGUCGCUCAGCAGUCGUCGAUCGUCCGGCCGACAAACUUUCGCGUCGUUCGCGGUCGAUAAGUCCACGACCGCGCGCCUCGCGCAGUCCCUGGGCUGCGCGCGCCCCGCGCUUGUCCUCCUGCUCGCCGCAGUGAUCGGCGCGCUGCUGCUGCUCGUCCGCGGCCCCCACCGGGGCGGGUUCCUCUUUGCGCCGCAAUCGAGCGCCGCGGAUGACGCCCCGCACGAGGCGCUGCUCGCCGCAGCGUUGGCGGAGCUGAGGCGGGCGCGCGAGGAGGGGCGGGCGGAAGCGGUGGUGGCGGCGCAAGAGGCGGUGUUGGCGCGGCAGCAGGCGCUGCUGCGGCGGUACUGGCGGCAGCUGACGCGACUCACGGGGCAGCGCGGCGGGAAAACAGGGGGAGGGGGGCCAAUCGUAGGGAGUGGAGAACAGGGGAAGGCGGAGGUGGGGGGAGGGGAGUUCGUGGGGACGCGGCAUAAGGGUUGCAGCAGCGGGGAGUCAGUGCCGCGCGAGCAGGUGGUGGCGGAGGCGGAGAAGCUGGAGUGGCGGCCGCAGGCGGACUCGUACCUGCUAGCGGCGUGUGUGUACGGGCGGAUGACGAACCGCCUGCUGUGUCUGCGCAACUACAUCCUGGCCGCCACGCUGCUGCGCCGCACGCUCAUCGUGCCCUCAGAGGACCUCUACCGCCCCGCGCGUCGCUGGAACUCGCCACUCGACGCGCCGCUCAGCCUAGAUGUCGUCUUCAACGCGUCGCACCUCAACGCCUGCCUCGGCCGCCGCGUCGCCGUCUCGCUGCGCGACUACCUGCGCGCCGCCAACGCCACGCUCCUCGACGUCGACCGCUUCGUCUGCUGGGCGGACCGCUGCGCCUUCCAGCGCGGCCGCCCGUCCCACCCCGCCAUCCGCUUCACGUCGCGGCGCCAGGCGGGGCUGGAGGCGAACGUGACGCGCCGCACCUUCACGGACGCGUACGGCGGCGCGGGCGGGCGCGUGCUGUGCGUGGGCGAUCUGUACGAGUCGCACGCGCGCUUCCUCGACCCGCCGCCCGGCUUCGCCUCCAGCCUCGCCACUGCCUGGGCCAUGCCCUCCCUUGCACACCCCCCUGCUGUCGCGGGCGCGCGCGAUGCAGGCGGGGGGCUGGCAGGCGGAGGGGGGCCGCAGUUGGGGGCAGCAGGGAUAGGCAUGGAGCAGCGGUGCCGGGCGCUGGUGUGGCCGUGUGAUGCGGUGGUGCAGGCAGCCGAGGGGUUCGUGCGCGAGGUGAGUGGAGGGGCGUUUGCAUCGCUGCACCUGAGGCGGGACGACAUGUUCCGGCACUGCGUGGGGCAGGGCAAGUGUCCGUACUGGGCGCAGCGGCAGGCGGGCGACUCUGCCAGCAGCUUGAGCUCGCCCACACCGGCCUCGCUAGCUGGCCUGGAUUCACCCGAGGCAGUGGUGGUGGUUCGGUUGCCGAGCCUGGAGGGCAAGAUGUGGGCGGAGAGGCUGAACAGGGAGGGGCUGGCAGGGAACCCGGUGGCGGUGGCGGCGGUGGAGAAGGUGGUGUGCGCCCUGAGCCGCCUGUUCCUCACCACACCGGGCUCCACCUUCUCCCACCACAUCAUGCACCUCCGUACCGCCCUCCACACCGCCUCCUGCCAUGAUGGGGGCUUCUGCCGCGGCCUUGCAGACCCCGAGCCCGUCUGA